UCACCACUGCUGUGUGUGUCGGUGUACAGCAGUAGGAAGGAGAGUAGUGUGCUACACCGAGAAGAGAGUAUAACUGCAUGACCGGCUGGAACAAUGUCGCCUUCAUGCACCUAUGCUUGGCGACUUAUUUCUCCCCGCCGGACCUGGUGUGCCUGAUACUCACAAGCAGAGACGCGUUGGAAACAUACGGGAACGCGGAUACUUACCGAGCCGUAUGCAAGUCGUACUUCGGACUUGCAGGCCGGCGUGGACACCUCACUAGGAGGCAACGAGGGAAGAAAGGGGUAUGGGGUGCGGGGGAUGGCGCAAAGGCGAGGCUUAGUUUGUUGUGGCAGGAGCGAACGAGGAACAACGUUUUGCAGCUGCAGAACGCACACCUCUUGCAACAACGGGAGCAUGAGCGGAGGUGGGUUCUGCAGCAAGCGGCAGCGGUGAUGCGAAGGUGCGCGUACGGUUCACGCCAUCAAGGCCGCGGCUGCGCUCACGCCAAGCUCAGGCUUUGGACUUCCGCCAACCUCGUCGCCACCAAGAGCUCCUCCGGCAGAAGCCAGGAGCGCCCCGCGUCUCACCACGGGGUGCGGUGCGACCGGUGCAAGGAGGGACCGAUCACGGGGUCCUGCUUCCGCUGCGCGGCAGGCUGCGCAGCAACGGCAGCGCCCAACGACACGAGCACGUGUCCGCCCCAUGAUGGAAAAAGCGGCGUCGCCAAUGGCGUCAGCAGGGGCGUGAGGCGGCGCCACCAGCAGCAGCAGCAGCACCAACAGCAACACGAGAAGCCGUCCCCGCCGUCCACCAUCUUGCCGCGAUCUUCGGGCGAAACGCCGGCGAGGGAAGAGCGCGAAGAACGAACCGGGGGCGGCGGCGGCAACAGUUCUGGUACGCAGAAGAAGGGACAUGGGGGAGCUAACGGCGGCGGCGGCGGCGGCGGCGGCUGUGGUUUUGGCAAUGGGUUCUACACGCUUUGCGAGGCGUGUUUUCCCUACAGGCAUCAGUUCCACCCACCGCACCCCUUCGCGCGCCUGAGGCCCGGGUUCGCAGAGCCUCGCCUAUCGGGCCCAGUUCUUUACGAAGCUGUGUGCGGCGACUGUUCUUUUGGCUCGCUCAUUCUUGUUCGGCCUUUGAAGGCGCGAGAGGCCGCCCCCGGAGACACCGGGAGCGGAGAUGGCGGAGAUCUCUGGGCCGUGCCGGUGCGGGUGGACUCUGCGGGGCCUCUUCCGUUGUCGCAGGCACGUUAAGAGCCGCAUCGCCGCCGGGGACAGGGACGAUAACAGGGGACUGGCUUUCGCGUCAGAUAACUGGCAGCUGCAGCAGGGCGGGGGGGGUGUUGCUCUCGAAUCCCUGGACUCUCCGUGAUGUCAUUCUCGAGGACCGGGGGAGGGGGGUCGCUUGAAAAUGCGCGAGGGUUAUAGGGAUAUUUUGUACAGAUCCCAAGAGUCCAUAAGCGUAUUUUGGUCUUGUGUCCUUUUUUGUCUCUGAGGAUCGUUUACGGUCCCGACUUCUGAACUAGAAACGUUCAGCUUCCUUUGUAGCUGAGUAGCCGGUCUGCAAGUGGCUCAAACGGGCGUAGACCAUGCCGGAUUUGUGUUUAUUGACGAAUCCAAGUGCUUCCCCCCACCUCCCGUGUUUAUGUAGCGGCUGUGUUCUCCGUGAAGACGGACUUCAGAGUGUGUAUGCGUGUAGAUCGAGGUUGAAGGGUAGGAACACUCGCGAUCUCCUAUUAGAGUUUGGACAGGAAGACGCUUGGGUGCUUGUCUGUUCAGGAUGCCCUCUGUUGCCAUACGUAUCAGCCAAUCUGUACACGCGCAACAAAUGCUGAGGGAUUGAAUCGCUUUUUUUGUGCGAAGCAAGCGCGCUGGUGUGGUUGCCUGCGGGGACGGAAGUGGUGGCGAAAACCGGUGUGCGUUCGAGGGGUCUCGGGACCACACGUUUUCGGCUGGAAACGAAGGAGAGUAGCCUGGUCAUGUGCUUUUGGUUUUGAGGACUCUGUUUUGUACGCGGCUGAAGCGGGGUUGACGGGGCAGGAUGUAGAAGGAUUCGACACCAUAAAAGCAGAGUCGUUGCAUGCAAACAGGCUGACGCGGCGGUGCGUGAAAGUUUCGUGUGUGUUGUGUCUUCUUCCCGUCUAUUGAUAAUACACCAGUCGUACACUAUUUGGUACAUGUUUGAUGCACCAGCCGUUGGGAUCACACGAAAGGAUGGUAAACACUGCAGUUUCUUCUUUCAACCUCUUCCCCGGCGGUUAUUGCUUUCAUUUUUUUAUCGAGAGAAGGUUUGGUUCAGCAUCACCAUGCAUAUAUCGUUUAAUAAAGUUGAUUGUGGAUCUCCAUCCAACACAGAGUAUUAUUAAGCCAUCAAUCGCCCGUCGGAUAGGGGUGCAGCUGCAUAGAAUCAUGCUUGCUUUUAGGACC